AGCCCUGGGCAGGACCAGCUCAACGUGCAGCUGAUCCUCAGCUCCUGGCAGCCUCUGGGGAGAGAAACCACUCCUUGCCUUACGCUGUGCUUGGCAGGCAGUGCCUCAGGUGAACGGCCUUCCCGAAAUCCCUUCUCCCACCUCUUCCACCCGGAGCCCAUGGCGGAGGAGAAGAAUUUCCGCUACGCUUUCAUCAUCUUGGGUUUCUUCCUGGUGAUGGUGGGGAUGUUCAUCAUGAGUGUGGAAAAGCCUCAGUACUACAUCACCUUCUGCGUCCUGGGUGUCCUGCUCGUAGCCGUGGGCAUCACAUGGAGCAUGUGCCAGUGCUACCCAAAGAUUACGUUCAUCCCUGCGGACCUCGGGGUCGAGCGGUUCCUGGACUACAAACCCAUGGUGCUGCCACAGAAGGACACUGGCUUGAUUACCCCUUGCCCCAACCAAGAUGCCACCAGCACCUACGAGAAGAGCCUGCCAUCCUAUGAGCAGAUCCAGAGGCAGGUGGUCAGCUCGGCUCCAUUCCCACCCACGGCACAGCCCAGACCCCGCAGCUGCUCCCAGUCAGCCGUGCAGGCCAAAGCUGAGAUCCACCGGGAGCUGGGGGGUGCUGGAGACCCCCUCCAAGACCUGGGACCUCGCCUGGAAACAGCAGCAGGCAGCUGCCCCGCCCGGCCAGCCGCGGGCGAUGCCCCGCUGGCAUCCCUGCUGGAGGAGAUGGACACACCAUCGCUGGAGGGCUCCGUGCCCGGCAGCCCCACGCCACAGAGCCGGACCCUGCCCUCCGCCUCCGGCUCCGGCCGCACCCCGAGCAGCUCCUCGGAGGGGGGACAGCACCCCCGAUCCCCCUGGAAAGGUCCUGGGGAGGAGGAGGACCUCUUCUACGGGCUCCAGGAGGAGCCGGAUGCUCUGCUGAACGGCAGUGAUAACCUUUUUGAGCCUGAAAACUGAUUUCCAGGAGAGAAUGGCCACUUGGCAUGGACUCACCUCGUGGAGGGGACACACAGGUCACAGCCUGGAGGCUGUCCCUAAAAGUGCAGUGGCCCCAGGUUCCUGCCUGCCCCUGUGCCAUGCUGCACCCCUUGUGCACACCCAGCCACACAGGAGGCUGUCAUUUCCCCCAAACCCAAAGGGGAUACACCAAGAAUUCAACAGAACAUGGGACAAGGCCCCCUCACCAAAGCCAUUUGGGUGGGCACAGAGAAGCUGGGCUGGGCAGGAUCUGGGCUAAAUACUGUGCUUGGGAAGGGGAAGGAUUGGCUGUGCUGUUUGGAACAGGAUCAGGUUUAGGUAGGUAAAACAUGCUCAAUACAAGUGGGUUUUACCAGGCAGGGGUAUCCUCAAAGUCUUUUUCCCACUUACCCAAGCUUGUUGAAAUUCAAUUUUGGCCCUGAGUCUUCUGCAGCAGGCAGCCUUCAUAUCUCCAGCUUGGGAGGGGGGCAAUGGAGGUGACAGAUCGUGCUGUCCCCUAUCUCCUGCACAAGGACCAGCUUCCAGCACUCUUGGGGGCACAGGGAAAGGACACAACUGAGCCAAAAUCCUGGUGAUGGCACUUGAGGUGAUGGCUUUGCACACUGUCUGCUGGGCCAGUGUCAACAGCUGCAGGUGGGUUUGCAGGCUGGCACCCACCAUCCCCAAACUUCCUGUCAAUAAUAAUUGUUCCAAACCACGUG